AUGCUCAUAACGGGACCAGUAACCCCCGCAAUAACGCGUACAGCGGACCCUUAUCGCCGUCGGCGGGUAGUGAAGUGUCUAGAAGCCGUGUGUCAGAGCCCCCAGCCGAUCCUUCCUCUUGUGGAGGUUCGCACGCAGUGCUGGUUGGCCCACGUGUUGACCCCCGCACCUCCUCUCCAACCCGGCCACUCCCCUACCCUUCUUGCAGUUGGUGAAGUGCUUGGAAGCCGUGUGUCAGAGUACCCAGCCGUUCCUUCCUCUCGUGGAGGUUCGCACCCGCUGCUGGCUGGCUCAUGUGCUACUGAAACACUCCCGCAAUGUGCUGCACGCGAAGGCGCAUCUCGAGAGAGCGCAAGUGCUUCUGAAGGCCAUUCCUGGGAAUAUCCUCCUCAAGUGCACGGCCCUCUCUCUGCUCGCCACGUGUUACCACCUGAUUGGCCACGCCCACUUUCACAAGCACGUACUUCAGAAGGCAUCGAUCUAGUCACACACCAGCUCGCCACACUCCCACGCUCAGCCUCGGGUUCUGAACCAGGUCCCAGCUCGGCUGCAGGCUUGGGGUUAGGUUCGGGAGGAGGUUUGGGCGGAGGUUCGGGCGGAGGUUCGGCGGCGGAGCUGGCUCGGUGGAUGGGGGUGUUCUCGGUGGGGAUGGCGGGGCGGUUGCUGGGGGAGGGAGAUGUGGAGGGGGCUGCUGGGGCAUUGGCGAAGGGGAUGGCUGCUCACGUUGGCAGGGCGGCUGCUGGGGAGGGGGAUGUGGAACGGGCUGCUAGUGCGCUGGGGAAGGGGACGGCUGCUGUACAGACGACAGGGGAUAGGGGCAUGAUGCUCCUGCUAUCCGCUUCCCUGCUGCACAUUCGCAUCUCGACCGUCCAUCACACGCCACAGCAGAUCUCAACCCUUCUUUCAGAAUGCACCUCGUUGUGGCAGCAGAUCCCGCCACGUCAGCAGCCAGACUACCGUGGCCUGUUCGUCUACGUCCAAUUACUGGCUGCCACGUGGCACCUCCGCAUGGCUGACUACAACCAGGCCAAGGCUGACGUGGCAGCAGCAGAGGAGGCACUGGCGGGGAUGAGUCCCCCUGCAGCGAAUCGUGAGGCGCCAGCUGGCAGCUCGCCAGUUGCUGCGUCAGCGCCACGUCAGCUGCAGCAGGGGGGGAAUGUGCAUGCACAGAGGCUGGGGCAGGAUACAGGAGCAGUAAGAGCAGUGGGUGCAGCAGGAGCAGCAGGGGCAGCAGGAGGGGUGAUGGGCAACGGAGCAGGGGCAAUGGUCGCAGGGGAAGGAGGAGAAGCGUCAGGCGCAUUAUCGCGUCCUUCCCAUCUUCGUCUUCCUGUUUCCUCCUCCUGCUGCAAGUUUCCAGUCCUCUCAUUCCUCUCUUUUGUCCCAAAACUCUUUCUCCCCUGCACCUGCUCGCAUGCUCGUUCCCACCCCCCUGUCAUUCUCACCAUUCUCGAAAUCUUCACCCUUUCAGAUGAGCUUCACCGCAUCGGGGUCCUCCCAGGCUCUACAGAGUCUACUCUGGAGCCGUGGAGUGUGGCGUGGGCCGGCACACUCCUCUUGCUCCUCUACGCAGUGCACGCUCUUGCUCUUGCUUCUCUACGUCUUGGAAGCCCAAGCAGUGCUGGCGCUGACAUCUACAGAAUACCCCCUCUCGCAACGGCCCAGGCGGUGCUGGUGGCGCUGACAUCUACAGAGUAUCCUCUCUCUCAAUGGGUAAGCUGCGCAUGCAGGCAUAUGUGUGUGGGAGGGGGUAGAGUGAUGGUGGAGUGUGGCGUGGGCCGGCAUGCUCCUCCUCUUGCUGCUCUACGUCUUGGAGGCCCAAGCGGUGCUCGCGCUGACUUCUAA